AUGAUGUUAUUCAUCCUAUUUGGUGGUGGUUUUACAUCAGAUGAUGUUAUUCAUCCUAUUGGUGGUGGUUUUACAUCAGAUGAUGUCAUUCAUCCUAUUGGUGGUGAACAAAAAUCAGGUGGUGUUAUUAGUUUAAUUUGUGGUAUAACUGAAAUUGAUCAAAUUAAAUUCGAUCAAAUUGAAAAGUGUUUUGCUAUUCUAAAUCUUGAAGUUGAUCAUGACAAACUAUUCAAGGAAACGAUUAGUUUACAAAAUACAUAUAAAGAAGUUAAUUCUUAUCGCGAACCAUUAUUUGUUCAAAUUGAAAAAUAUGUUGGUAGUCAUAAAAUCGAAAAACAAAUAGAUAAUGAAGUACUUGAAGAAUCAGAUGAUGAAGAACUUGUUCACAAAACACCAACACAAACACAAACUCAACAAGAUAGUUAUCAUAAAAUUCGACCUGAUUAG